AUGACUUCGGGCUUGGAGCAGGCGCUGGAGCACAGUGGUGGUCAUGGCCGCAAGACCGAAGGUGUCUCAAUCUCGACUUUUCUGUCGUCGCUGGCGACGGCUAUCAUUGUCUUCGUCGUCGAAUUUAUCCUCUUCCUUUUACUUAAAGGCAAAUUAAGCCGCAUAUAUCAACCACGAACCUACCUGGUACCCGAUAGAGAACGCACGCGACCAUCCCCACCAGGUCUUCUUAGCUGGAUUGUUCCUGUCUUCCGUACUUCAAGCUCAGAGUUCAUCCAGAAGUGUGGACUCGAUGCAUACUUCUUUCUGCGAUACCUACGCAUGCUCUUGAAAAUUUUCCUUCCCAUGGGAAUCUUCAUCUUGCCAAUUCUGUUGCCUCUCAAUCGCUCAGGUGGGAAAGGCACUACCUACAAAGUCGGUGACAAAGGCGAACGGUGGGACGUCGAGGGCCUGGACCAGCUGGCAUGGGGUAACGUGAGACCCCAACACACGAGUCGCUAUUGGGCUCAUUUGGUAAUGGCUGUUGUUGCUAUCGUCUACAUCUGUGCUGUGUUCUUCGAUGAGCUUCGAGGCUACAUUCGUCUACGACAGGCCUACUUGACGUCCCCCCAGCAUCGACUCAGGGCAUCUGCCACCACUGUACUGGUGACUUCUAUUCCACCUGAGUGGCUCAACGUGGAUUCUCUGGACAAACUAUACGAUGUCUUCCCUGGUGGUGUUCGGAACAUCUGGAUCAACCGUAACUUCGAUGACCUAAAUGAGAAAGUCAAGGAGCGCAACAAAUUAGCCCUCAAGCUGGAGAGCGCAGAGACCGAUUUGAUUGCGCAAUGCAAGAAGGCACAGCUCAAAAAAGUAAAAGCGGAGGCCAAAAAAGAGGGGAAGAGCAAAGCGAGUGCAGAGAAGCAGGAGAAAAAGGCUGCCGACAAACGAGCAUCCCAUAUGGCUAUGGGCCCCGGUGUCAGCUCUGGCAACCCACAUGAUGCCCAUACAAUCCGGGAAGCCCUCGAAGAACCUAACCAAGAACCUGCUGCGAAGAAGUCCGAGGACGGAGUUCGCCGGGUGUUCGACCCUGCCUACGCUGCCGCUGGGGCAGUGGGCUUGGGGGUAGGCAAACUGGGAAAGUCUGUGCUUGGGGGCUUUAAAAAGGUCGAGAACGGCUUAGAUAGGCCUAUGGCUCAGACCAGGGGUUUCGUUGCGACAACAGACGACAUCCUUCCGCCUCGUGGGAACACCCCCAGCCACGAGCGUACGACGUCUGGUAACAAUGCAGUAACGGAUUCCGGCUUGUCACCAGCCAAUGAGUCAAGUCAAAGUGAUCACACGCACACCGACCAAGCAUCGUCAUCGAAACCACCAUUCUGGAGAAGGAUGUCAUCUCACACCAAAUCAAUAAAAUCACAGGGUCCUCCCGAAGCAGAUGAAUAUCCAUUGACCGCGCCGGAAACCCCUGCUUCUGACGCACCCCGCUCAGGCUCCAAAUCCGAAAAGGCUGAGAAGGGCAAAGAUAAGCACAAGAAGGACAAAAAGAAAGAAGAGGAAUAUCCCAGCGCCUAUAAUGAAAACUUCGAGAAGGAAGAUUACGGCGAGCCGCUGUGGAAGGAGUAUAUUCGGCCCAAGGACCGAGACACAAUGCGCCUGCCCAUAUUUGGCUGGAGUUGGAUGCCAGCAAUCUGGCUUUUGGGGAAAAAGGUCGACACCAUCGAUUAUUGUCGGAAAGAAGUUGCUCGCCUAAACCUAGAGAUCGAGAUCGAUCAGCAACAUCCUGAACGUUUCCCUCUGAUGAGCUCAGCUUUCAUUCAAUUCAAUCACCAAGUUGCUGCCCACAUGGCAUGUCAGGCCGUCAGUCAUCAUCUUCCCAAGCAGAUGGCACCUCGAGUCGUGGAGAUCUCCCCCGACGAUGUCAUUUGGGACAACAUGUCAAUCAAAUGGUGGGAACGCUAUCUUCGUACCUUUGGUAUCAUAACACUGGUGUGUGCCAUGGUUGUUGGAUGGGCUUUCCCUGUUGCCUUUACUGGUCUUCUCUCGCAGCUGUCAUAUCUCGAGGGCGCAUUCCCAUGGCUGGCUUGGCUUGGAAAGCUACCAGAUUGGUUCAUCUCGGCCUGCCAGGGUAUUCUCCCUGCACUGUGUUUGGCUAUUCUGAUGGCACUUCUCCCACUCAUUCUCCGCUUCCUGAGUCGUGCACAGGGCAACUUCACCGGUAUGGCUGUCGAACUCACAGUGCAAAACUACUACUUUGCCUUCCUCUUUGUGCAGCUCUUCCUGGUCGUGACCAUUGCCUCCAGUUUCUCUACCAUCAUUGAAAGAAUCACUGAUGUGACUAGCUGGCCGGAGUUGCUAGCCUCCAACAUCCCCAAGUCUAGUAACUACUUCUUCUCCUACAUGAUUCUGCAAGCCAUGUCUGUGAGCGCGGGUGCUCUCGUGCAAAUCUUUGGUCUGGUGAGCUGGUUCAUCCUCGCUCCGAUAUUGGAUUCCACUGCGAGGAAGAAGUGGGCACGAACAACGAAUCUCAACCAGAUGCAAUGGGGCACUUUCUUCCCGGUGUACACCACCCUAGCCUCAAUUGGUAAGGCAUUAGUUCACUCUCUUUCCUCAUCACAUCAGCUAACUUUUGAAAAAGGACUGAUCUACUGUGUGAUCGCGCCUCUCAUUCUAGUUUUCAACAUUAUCACCUUCAGCCUGUUUUGGUUCGUCUAUCGCUACAACACCCUCUACGUCACCAAGUUCCGCUUCGACACUGGCGGCCUUUUGUUCCCACGGGCUAUCAAUCAACUGUUUACUGGGUUGUACAUUAUGGAGGUUUGUCUGAUUGGUCUGUUCUUCCUGGUACGAGAUCAGGAUGACAGUGUUGCCUGUAAGGGACAAGGCAUUUGCAUGAUUGUGGUCCUUGUCUUGACCGUCGGUUACCAAAUCAUUCUCAACGAGGCAUUCCAUCCACUGAUUCGAUACCUGCCUAUCACAUUGGAAGAGGAUGCCAUCCGGCGUGACGAUGAGUUCCGUCGUGCCCAGCAUGCUCGCCUCGGGCUUGCCGUCGAUGACGAGGAUGAAGAUGAUGUUGAGCACGCCGAGCCCGAGGCUGAGCGUCGGGAGCCCCAGCAAGCUCAAGACUCGGGGGGCAUUGAACUCAAGCCUCUGGAUACCGAAAACAUCGACCAGAAGAAACAGAAAUCAGAUUAUCUGUCAACGCCCAAGCUCGAACACAAACGUCCAUCAUGGGCUACCAAUUCAUCAAAAAGGAAAUCCAAGUACUUUGGUUUGCACUCGCCAAGUUCGACACCCACGAUUCGAGCCAUGCGUGAGAAGAUGACUCAAGAUGCCGAAGCCCAAGGGCCAGCUCCCAACUCUGUUGGUCAAGCACUGUUCGCUGGCAUCAACGAUGAGCUCGAAGAUCUCACACCAGACGAGCGUGACCAAUUGGUACAGCGUGCCUUCCAGCACGAGGCCCUUCGUGCCAAAAGACCCGUUAUUUGGAUCCCUCGUGAUGACUUGGGUGUAAGUGAUGACGAAGUCUACCGUACUCAGCGAUUCAGCAAACAUAUUUGGAUCAGCAAUGAGUACCAGGCACUAGACGGCAAGUGUCGGACGAUAUUCAGUCGCAGUCCCCCCGAUUUCUCAGAGGUGGAUUUGAUUCAACUGUGA